GUAGAGGUAAACAGUUUAAAAAAAUCAUUGUUUUACGUCACAUGUUGGUGAACCUCUCUUGCCUAACAGCCAUGGCCGGGGUGUUUAUCAAAAGUAAUUUGUUAAGAGUUUCUUCAGCAGCUAUUAGGUUCAGGCCAAAGACCACAUACGUUGUCUUGCUUCCAGAAAAUCCAGUAGACACUCCAGAGGACAAUGUGUUGCUCCGUACAGAUGGGUUACCUCAAUUUGAUCAACUCACACCUGAAAAAUGUUGGUCUGGGAUUGGCAAGCUCGCUUUAGAGUAUGAAUCCAGAGUCUGGGCUGUCGAAGAGAAGGCACGGAAUCCAAAGGAGCCAAAAACAUUUGAUAAUAUUGUAGGAGAGCUGGACCAGUUAGAGUCUCCGCUGAACACUGCUUGGAGUAAUGUAAAAACUCUUUACACAGUUAAAAAUCAUGAAAUGAAUACCACUGCCUAUCUUAAGAUUCACGAGAGAGCAAGAAAAGCCCGAGUACACAAGUUUCAAAGUUUUCCAAUCUAUGAGGCAUGCAAGGAAAUAUACGUCUCGGACAAAAACUUGAAUGAGGCCCAGAGGCGAGUUGUACGUAAAUUCCUCCUUGAAGCACGGCUUAAUGGAAUUGAACUUUCUCCUGACAAAGCUGCAAUUUUUACAACAAUGCUCACAAAGUUAGAGGGGGAAAAAUCUGUCUUCAAGAAAAAAGUUAUUGAAUCUACCAACAGAUUUUCAUAUAACAUACAAGAUCCCAACAUCGUGAAAGAUUUUCCAGAUACUUUGUUGAAGAAUAUGGCAGUUGAGCGGUCUCGUUAUAAGCAGGGUCCAUGGGUCAUCACACUUCAGCCACACGUGUAUAGCAGUUUCUUGGAACAUUGCCCAUUGACUGACCUGCGUCGUAAUACUUAUCGGGCGUGUAACAUGAGGGCUUCAAACCACAUAUCCAAAGACCUUAGUAACAGCAUUCAUAUUGAAGAAAUUAGGUCUCUCAGGGGGGAACAAGCACGUCUUCUUGGAUAUGAAAACUUUACUCAAAUGUCCAUGGAGACCAAAAUGGCUGGAAGUGUGGAGAAUGUUCUGUCAAUGAUCACAAGUUUAUUAGCAAAAGCAAAACAGGCCCAAAAGAAGGAAAUUGCCUCACUACAGGAGUUUGCUGAAGUUAGAGGGUUUGAUCUACAGUUGGAGGCCUGGGAUGUGGACUAUUGGAGGCGAAAACAGAAACGUCAUUUAUACAGCUAUGAUGAAAUGCAUCUUCAGGAGUAUUUCCCCUUUGAGCAUGUCUUUGUCAGCCUUUUGGAAUUGUGCUCAGAACUCUUUGGCAUUUCCUUUGAGGAGAUACCUGGUGAUCAAGUAUCCAAGUGGCACCCAGAUGUUCGCUUCUUCAACAUCUUAGACAACUCAGGAGACUAUCUCUCAUCAUUUUAUUUAGAUCCUUACCAGAGACCAGGUGAAAAGCUACAAACUCGGCUGGAUUCUGCCUGGAGUUUAGGCUGUCGCAGUCGAUCAGAUAUUGCUGGAACUUUGCCAAUUGCUAAUUUGGUGUUCAACUUUACACCACCUGUCUCAGAGGAACAAUCAACAUUACUUAGCUUUCCUGAAGUCACCCUUCUGUUUCAGAAAUUUGGAAGUGCACUUCAGCACCUUCUAACUACAGUACCAUACAGUGAAGCCUCUGGAUUGACUAACAUUGAGUGGGAUGCUAUAGAAGUGUGCUCUUAUUUCAUGCAGAACUGGUUAUAUGAACCUGAAAUACUGCAUCGUAUCAGUCACCAUUAUGAGUCUGGUCUACCAUUAAGUGGGUCGAGCAUCCAAGAACUUAUUGCUAGCCAGAAUCACAUGGCAGGUUUUGAUCUCUGCUCUGAAUUGUAUCUUGCUCAUCUCGACAUACAACUCCAUACAAGCAAGGAUUAUUGGUUGGACACUGUUCGGGAAUUGUGGGCAAUAUACCGGCCAUUCGUACUGGAUAAAUAUGAUGCACAUCUUUGCUCCAACACGGCAAUUAUGGCAGAUGUGUGGGCAGCUGCAUAUUAUUCUCACCUGUGGUCGCGAAUGAUUGCAGCUGAUGCUUUCCAAGCUUUUAAAGAUUCAAAUGAAGAUAUCACAGAAGUGGGUUCAAGGUUCCGCUCAACAUUCCUAUCCCUGGGAGGAGGUUGUCAUCCAAGUGAAGUGUUCCGCAGCUUCAGAGGUCGGGACCCAUCCCCUGAUGCUCUCCAUGUUCUUUGUGGUCUUAGCCAACCAAAACAGAAACUGCCACAGAGUAACUAGGUCCAUUCACAAUGUGGUAUUAAUGGAUCUCUUUGAUGGAUAUUACAGUGUUCCUAUUGAAAGUCCAAUUUUUUAUUGUGUUAUUUUAGUUGACAUACAGGUAUGUCCUUUUUGGCAUAAUAGUAAAAGAACAUUUUUAAUGUAACGAUUGUAAAUGAGAAGGUGCAUACAGUAGUUUGUAGUUCACUGUAUCCUUUGUAAGAAACAAUAAUGUAGUAUUUUGCUCUAAAUAAAUUUGAUGAUUCCAGAAAGAAAAUUUAAGACAAAAGUAGGUUAGAAGAAUGAGUCAUGAGUUUAAUAAAAUAGCCAGAUUGUCAAAUAAAGAUAGAUGUAAGAAAGUGGAAGAACUUGCUGUCCAUUGGCCUGACUUUCAUAACUUCAUCCCUGCAACCUAUAAAUGAGUUAGGACAGGACCAGCUAUAAGAAUGUUAGUUUAUGAUAAGUACUUAAUACAAAGAAACUUGUACAUUAUUGUUGUAUGGCAAGUACAGUAGAACAUUCAUGCACUGAACUCCAUUACUGUAAUAUCUCUGUUGUCUGAACUCCCAACAGCCAGAAUUUAAUUUGUUCUGAAUU